AGCAUCAGUUUUUGGCACAAGAAGAGGGCACACAAAGUGUCUAUAAAUGGUCCAAAUUCAGUGCUUCAGUUGUCUGAGUGGGAUAAACAGCACUGUUUAUGGGAUUACAACUAUGCAGUGAUCUGACAUUUGAGCCAUGGAGCUUCCUGAAUGAUAAAUACUUUUAGGUCAAGACAGAUUCCUUAAUUGAACUUUUAUCCAAGUAGAGAAGAAUAUUAAACAGAAUGAACAAAGUAUAUAUACUUCUUCUAUAGGGUCCUCUUCAGCAUAUACUACUCUUAUUUAAUGUGUUUACACACUGAAUAUCGCACUCAUUUUUCCAACUGGUAGGGAGAUUUGCCACUUCCGGCAGCCAUUUUAGUAGCAACUUGGGAAAUUAUCUUAGCUAGCAUACGUUAGCUAACAUUGAAUAAGUAGCUUCAUGUUGUACACCGUUUCUGUUUUAUUCGAAAGCUGUAUAAGGUCUCUCGAGGAUUCAGGAAACCUGUGAAAAACUCCGGAGUGGAAGGCGAAUGUUCCAAUGCCUGAGGAAGGGACAUCUGUAGAUUCAAGUCAUCUGGAAAUAAAACAGGCCAUGUGCCAUCUGUUGACCUGUACAGGUUGUACUCGAUCGCUUGAGAAACGGACCAGUAUCUGUCCAGGCUGAUGGCGCACAGGUGAAUGAUGGAUGAGGUGCAGAAGAGCACAUCCAAAGCCAGGUUGAGAUGAGGAUGCGGGGGUAUGAGCCCCUCUCUCCCCUCUCGUCCGGGAUUCAGCCUCCAGCUCCUCCUCUGAUGCAUCGUUUGCAUCAGCACUUGGGAGCACUUGUCCGCUGCACCUCCCCACAGUGCGUUCACGGACUCCACUUUGCCAGGUGAUGACAGACACGCGCUCCACAGUGACAACGAUGUGCUUCUAACGCGCCCGAAGUCGGAAUUAACGUAGAAUGGAGACGCGCCUCGGUCACUGCCUUUUUCUCAUUUUCUCCGAGUGGAUUUGGCUCUUCACCCUAACUUCCAUCCUGGGCGGAACAAGAGCGGAGGUCAGGUGCAUCCCCUCCUGCCAGCUGCCGCCGAUCACAGCAGCGUCCGCCCGGGAACUCUCGGCGCUGGAUUUGGUGAAUUUCGGCGAGGAUUUUGUUGGAUUUACCGAGAGGUCACCGGGCGCCGAACCCAGCGCCGGCGGGGAGGAGAGGCACAGCGUUGCGGAAUUAACCACGAGCGAAGAAAGUUCGCGCAAAGUGCAGGGAAAUGGCACAAGUUGUCUGGAGAAGGACGGCCAGCAGAAACUUUCCCAGCCCAAAGUGGUUGCUCAAAGUCUUUCACGCGCGGCUGCCCUCUCCCCGGACGAAAAUAGCAGCGACGAGGGUAAAAACAGCCGCUUUUACGCAGGAGACGGUGCGCAGGGCGAUGAGACGGUGGAGGAGGACGCGGCUGUGGCCAGCUGGAGGCGAACGCGGAGCGCGAGGAGCGCAGAGACUUGGUCCGGAUUCAGACCGGAGGGCGGGGAGGACGCUGCGUUUUCGGACCAGGAGGAGUUUCAGCUCACAAGUUCGACAUUUGCGCUCACCGGGGACACGGCGCACAACCAGGCGAUGGUGCACUGGUCCGGGCAGAACAGCAGCGUGAUCCUCAUGUUGACAAAGUACUACGACUUCAACUCUGGCAGAGUGACAGAGAGCUCCUUGUGGAGGUCAACUGAUUAUGGGACCACAUAUGAGAAACUUAAUGAGAAAGUCGGGCUGAAAACCAUCCUGAGCUACCUGUACGUGAGUCCGAACAACAAAAGGAAGAUCAUGUUACUUACGGACCCGGAGGUGGAGAGCAGCCUGCUCAUUAGCCUUGACGAGGGGGCGUCCUAUCAGAAACACAGCUUAGCCUUUGAUAUCCUCAGCCUUCUCUUUCACCCCGAGCAGGAGGACUGGAUCCUGGCUUACAGCCACGACCAAAAGCUCUACGUCUCCGUCGAGUUUGGGAGGCGAUGGCAGCUCGUGCACGACGGCGUCGUCCCCAACAGAUUCUACUGGUCCAGACUGGGUUUAGACAAAGAGCAGGGCAUGAUUCACCUGGAGAUCAGCGUCUCUGAUGGACGGUCACAGUACAUAACAUGUAAACUUCAGAAUUGCUCUGAUGGAAACAAGGGCAAGCCUUUCCCUGGAUUUAUCAUCCCCAACUCCCUGGUGGUUCAGGAUGAAUACGUUUUCAUCCAGGUGCCAAUAGGUGGCCAGUCAGUCCAUUAUGUGUCCUAUAAAAGAAAUUCCUUCUACCCAAUGAAGCUUCCCAAGUACACCCUGCCAAAGGACUUGCAGAUCAUCAGCACGGACGAUAACCAGGUGGUGGCAGCGAUUCAGGACUGGCACCAGAAUGACUCCUACAACCUGUACAUGUCUGAGUCCAGAGGGCUGUUCUUCACCCUGAUGCUGGAGAGCGUCGUGAGCAGCGGAGGACCGGAGGGCAACAUCAUGAUAGACCUUUAUGAGGUUGCCGGGAUUAAAGGGGUGUUCCUGUCAAAUAAAGUUGUUGAGAACCAAGUGAAAACUUAUAUCACAUACAACAAGGGGAGAGACUGGCGUCUUCUACAGGCUCCAACAACCGAUCUCCAGGGAAAUAAGGUCUAUUGUGAACAGCCGUACUGUUCGUUACAUCUGCACCUGCACGUCUCGGAGAAUCCUUACACCUCGGGAAACAUUGUCAGCAAAGAGUCAGCCCCAGGAAUUAUAAUAGCAUCAGGUGUGGUUGGACCUGAGCUGACCAGCACUAACGUCAGUGUUUUCAUCACAUCUGAUGCUGGAAACUCAUGGAGAGAGGUUUUUCAGGAAGAGUACAGCGUGUUUUUCCUGAAUCAAGGAGGAUCUCUGGUGGCCAUCCGACACACACCUCUCCCAAUUAGACAUAUUUGGCUGAGUUUUGAUGAGGGCAGAAACUGGGACAAAUAUAGCUUCACCUCCUCUCCGCUCUAUGUUGACGGGGUGCUGGGGGAGCCUGGAGAGGACACCCUCAUCAUGACAAUCUUUGGUCAUUUCAGUCAUCGAUCUGAGUGGCAACUCGUCAAAAUCGACUUCCGGUCCAUUUUCCAACACCGCUGCACAGCCGAUGAUUACAUGACGUGGCAGCUGCACAACGAGGGAGAAGUGUGCAUCAUGGGAAUGAAGAGAAUCUACCAAAAACUGAAAGCAAACGUUCGGUGUGUCAAGGCCAGAGAGCAGUAUAUUUCCCAGAUGUCAGACUCCUGCCCUUGCACAGAGGCAGAUUUUGAGUGCGACUACGGGUUCGAGAGGAGGAUUGAUGGGAGCUGCACUCCGGCUUUCUGGUUUGUUCCUUCAGCAACAUCUCGAGACUGCAUCACGGGGGACAGCUUCCUUAACACCACCGGAUAUCGCAGGGCUUUGUCUAACAACUGCACUGAGGGAACGCUGUUGCAGUUCAGCCCCAGGCGACAAAAGUGCCCCAGUCAGGCCCCCCGGGGCCUCCAGCUCUUCACCAGCGAGGGAACACUGGUAGCAACGCUGGAGAGGAAUGUCACUUUCUUGGUCUUCCUGGAAGAGGGUCUCAGCUCCACAACGAGUAUCACGGUGGACUUUGGUGACGGGACCGCCAUAUCAUACGUAAACAUAAGCUCCAUUGAGGACGGGGUCAAGCACAUCUACAGUAAAGUCGGCAUCUACCAGGUUUCUGCCACAGCGACCAACAUGCUGGGCUUUGACAGGGUGAUACUGUACCUGCACGUCACAUGUCAACUGGAGCAAGUCCAGCUCUCGGCUCCUUCUGUGGUCGUGAAGAACAAAGCGGUGAACCUCACGACAGUUUUACGCCCCAGCAAUGUGGGGACGGUCAUCUUCUACUGGUGGUUUGACAACAAAACAGAGCCUGUCGUGACCCUGGACGGAGCGAUGUCCUUCACUUUCUCAAAGGAGGGAAGUCACACUGUCAGCGUCCAGGCGGCAGUGGGAAACACUGUCCUUCAGGAUCAAAUGGCUGUGGCAGUUUACGAUUAUUUCCGGUCACAUGUUUUGGCCUUUUCCUCUAAUUUGGACGAGCUGAACCCCGGGGUGUCUGAGUGGAGGGAGGACGUCGGCAGAGUGGUGAAGAGCUCCAUGGUUCAGGUCACAGGAAUCAGUCAGGAUCAGCUGCUGGUCACGGUGCUCCCAGGUUUACCCACCACGGCCGAGAUUUUCAUCGUGCCCGAGAAGAGGUCGAGACACGGAGGCAUGGAUGAAAAGUGGGCGCACCUGGAUCAGCUUUCUCAGGUUCUGCUAAGUGCUCUGAACCAGGACCUCAUCCAGUUCACACUCAGACCGGGGGUGCAGGUGAACGUGUACGCCACGCGGCUGUCUCCAGCUCCUCUCGUGGACAGCAGUGAUAGCGGCCACAGUGGCACCGCAGUCAUCAUGCUCGUGUCGGUCGUUCUGAUGGGCUUGGCCGUCUUUGUAAUAUAUAAAUUUAAAAGGAAGAUCCCAGGCAUCAACACAUACACAGCGGAGCAGCCUGACAAAGAACAAGAGGUCAUCCCGACAGUGACCUCCAUAGCCGUCCCAAAGCCUGAGGGGGACAAGUUGACCUCGCUGGAUCAUGUGGAUGUGCAGUUGGACUCAAAAGGCAGAGGCUACCUGCCAUCUCACACAGACAUCAAGCUCUCUGAUGAAGCGCCCCAUGUGUUUUAAUGUUGAGAGUCUAUGACCGACUCGAAAGCAAUACAUCUUCUUUGGCAGUUACUUCCAGCAAGCUAUGAAACCACGGUCACAAUGAAUGGUCUCGAGUGUUUUGCUACCCAUGCAUGGAUGGACCAGUUCACACUGUGCUGCCUAAUCCCUCUGAGGAGACUGUACAGAUUUAUACUCGCUUCUUGAAAAAGGGACACUUUUUGACUGAAAAUACUUGUAUUUUUGCAAGGACAUUGAUCUUUUUAUGUAAAUACUGUACAUCCAUAAUGGAAGAAGUAAAAGUUAUUUGUCUGAGCUGGUUACAGCCGCGUCUGCUCAAAUAUGGAACGAUCAAAAGCAGCGGGACAGAAGUGAUGUAUAAUAAUAUCUCCAAUUUCUGUUUCUUUGGGCUUGUGUUUGUGAAGUUUACUUUGUUUAACUGUGUGGAAAUAGCUUAUCUGAGUAAGACAGUGAGGGAAGCGGAUUCAUUAAGCUGUGUACAAUCAGUAAAUCUUAUCACCAGAUUCUCAUCAAAUGAAAAGCUUGCAAUAUCCAGGAGAUGAGGGAGGGCUCCGAGUCCCAGAUCUGUGUAUUCCAUCAAGCCUGCCUCUCAAAAUGUUAUAUAUGACAUAACAGAAAUAAGAACUGAAUAUUAGAGUGGGUGAGCCCGAUAGGUGUACACAGAAGAUGAGACACUGAGCAAAUAAGUACGAACGAAUGCGAACAUCCUACAACUACUUCAAAAAGAGAUUAUACGCGAGUAUUCUGCUUAAUCUUUAUCAUGCAUAUGAGCUACUAUUGCAGCAGCAGUCUUGUAAUUUCAUAGUUUUACAGCCAGUUGAACUGUUAAACAAUGCAAUGACUUUUAAACUUGUGCUUCUUAUUUAUCUGUCGCCCUGAGCGUUUCUUGUACAUUCUGGUUUCUACAAAGUGAGCUACGUGUAAAUUUUAUGAAUAAUUCCUGUUGUUAACAAAGACGACGCAGCGGCAGAAACGCUCGCAGUAAAAAAAUAAUAAUAAUAAUAAAAAAAAUACAGCGCUUCAGUGCCACAUCUGUAUUUUAUCUCAUGAUUUAUUAGUGCAUUAUUUAUCUUGUUUGUUUCCCUUCCAGACUGAGUUAAAAGACGUGUGCUCCUUGACACACUUACAAGCCGUGUUCUCGUUGUCUUUCUUUGAACUGAUCUCACUGUGAAGGUUGUGGUGCGUUCUCGACACUGAAACUACACCGGGGCUCUUCAAUGGAAACACGCUCUCUGUUUGUUUUUGUUUUUACAUCUGAUUCGUUCUGGACUGUUUAUCUACUGUAAUGAUACCAGCAUCUCCACAUGGCGUUUUCCUCAGUUUACAGUGAUACAGAGGAGCCUGCAAUCUGUUCCAAGUUUGCCCCCAAGGACUCGGCGGACAAAAGGCUGCAGAUUUGUUCAUCUCCUUCGCUGCGAGGGACACGGAGAUAGAGAAGACGUAUCUCCUGUCAACAAGGCUCAGCCUACGCGCGGAGCUUUGGUCAGCUGCUGUCUCUUUGGGAUAAGUACUGAAGUUCUUCUUCAUCAAACUUUUCUUUUUAAGUGUUGUCAGCAUCAUAUGUCAGCAAGACAAAUUGACUGGAGGCUCGUCUAUACUUCUUCCCCUCCAAUCCGGCGAUGGAGCCUGAAGCAUAAAUAAACUCGCCAUCACACGGACGCUGUAUCUCCGCGGUGAUCAUGGGUAUGGUUUUAUUUUGUGCUUGUUAUAUAUUUAACGUCUUUUUGUUAAGUCCCAAUAAUCGAACCUGUGAAUACGAUUGUGAACAUAUUUGCAUGAUGCUUUUUUUUUUUUUUGUAUCCUCUUUCAAGGUACUUAAAAAAAACGUCUUAAUUAGGAAAAACAACUAAAUGUGUAACGCAGUAUUUUCCGUUUUCUCAGAGGCUAGAAAACUCAUUAAUUACAAGUGAUGUGAUUAUUCAGUGGGAUCUUUCUGUGUUUUGUUUUGCUUUGUUUUUUUGUUUUUUUCAUUUGACCUUGCAGAAGUAACCAUGGUUGCGGAAAUAAAGCAGAGACACAUCAUGAAAUGCAA